AUACCUUAUUAUACACUCCUUGAUAAGAAACAACCUAAUUUUUGCAUAACGAUUUUUGAAAAAGCAAAUGCCAUUCUCUCUCAAGCAAGAACUAGCUCACAAGAAUAGCAAGGACCCAAUAGAGUUAUUCGGUGAAAUGUCUUAUGUUGCUUCUUAGUGAAUUGUGUUUGAGUUCUAACAUUGUAAGAUCUAUUCUUGUGUUAUAAAGGAAUUUAGAUCAUUUCAUUUAGUAAGAUUUAGAUUCUCGAACAUGUACUUGUUUUGAGUGCCGGAUAGAGGUUGACUUUUUGCAAUAGUACUAUUUAAUUCAAACCAUGGUUUUUUAUCAGAUCGUCUUCUCAGUUCUAUUGGUUUGGUUCUCAUUAUCAACUAGGGCUACUAAUUCAACUCAGUGCGAUCAGCACUGUGGAGCUGGUUCUAUUGUUCCAUAUCCGUUCGGAUUCUCGGAGGGUUGUGUGAUUCGCUUGAAUUGUAGUACUGGAGACAUCAGAUUUGGAGAAUAUCUAAUACAGAAUGUGACUUCAGAUACUCUGAUGGUCAACUUCCCGGUAAAUUGUAGCCGUCCGAUUGAGGAUCUUCAGCAAUUUGUUGGAACCAGCUAUGGUAUGACUUGGAGAAACGUGCUUCUUCUACAGAAUUGUAAAGUCCCGAGAAGUGAGUGUCCUUUACCGAGGUGGAGUGAGGAACUUUUAAGUGCACGAUUGAACAUACAGACAUGUGAUUCAAAGAAAGAGAAUGUCAGUUGUUAUUCAGAGGUGAGUGCUGAUUAUUUGGACUACAAAAAUACAGGGUGUGGAAUUGUGGUGUCAUCCAUCAUGAUUGGUAAGGAUAAUGAUAGGAAGAAUAGCUCUGUGAUGUUCCUGGAGUUUCAGACGAUCGAAUUGGAGUGGGGAUUGGAAGGUGAUUGUGCAUGUCAUGAAGAUGCAAAUUGUACAAACAUUUUUCUUCCGGGGAAUCGAAACGGUUUCCGGUGCCGGUGUAAAGAUGGAUUCAUCGGUGAUGGCUUCCGACACGGUGAUGGGUGCCGGGAAGAACCCUCUAAAACUAAGCACCUUGAUUCAAGAGUGUUGCUAGCUGUUGUUCCUGUUGCACUCUCAGUUUUGGUGCUGUGUUCCUAUGGUGCUUAUUACAAGCUCAGCAACUCAAGAAAGACACACCCUUGGAAUGAUGGCAAGCUAGCACAGACACCAAGGACUACAUAUCGAGAAAUACUUGGAGCAACGGAUGGUUUCUCUGAGGAUAACUUGGUAGGUAUAGGAAGUUUUGGUUCAGUAUAUAAAGCGCAUUUCCGUGGUGAGAAUACAAUAAUGGCAGUGAAAGUGUUGAACCUACAACAAAGAGGGGCCUUGAGGAGCUUCCUGGAUGAAUGCAGAGCAUUGAGAAAUAUAAGGCAUCGUAAUCUUCUCAAAAUCAAGACUGCUUGUUCAAGCAUUGAUCACCAAGGUAAUGACUUCAAAUGCCUAGUUUUUGAGUUCAUGACUAAUGGUAACCUACACGAUUGGUUGCAUUCGGAAAAUGAUGACCAGAAACACCAAACAAAGAAGCUGACCUUUAUCCAAAGACUAAACAUUGCCAUAGAUGUUGCUUCUGCACUUGACUAUCUCCACAACCACUGUCAAACACCAAUAGUUCAUUGUGAUCUAAAACCAAGCAACAUACUCCUCGAUGAAGAUAUGUCUGCCCAUGUUGGUGACUUUGGAUUAGCAACAUUUCUCCUUGACACAUCAAGCAAUUCUUGGAGUUAUCAGAUAUCUGCAGCACUUAAGGGUUCUAUUGGUUACAUCCCAACAGAGUAUGGAUCAGGUGGUCAAGCAUCGACGCAUGGAGAUGUUUACAGUUUUGGAAUAGUGUUGCUAGAGUUAUUCAUCUGUAGAAGACCAACUGACGUGAUGUUUCACGAGAAUCUAAAUAUUCACAAGUAUGUUUCAAUGGCUUUGCCUGAACAUGUCAUGGAAAUUAUAGACCCUAUAUUGCUUUUGGAUGAGGAAGAACAAAAUAUCAAUGAAGAUCAACCAACAAGAAUGGAAGAAUGUUUAGUCUCAGUUUUGGAAAUUGGGCUUAAAUGUUCUGCAUCAUCACCAAAAGAGAGAAUACCAAUAAACACAGUUUUGAGCAAACUUCAAGCAAUCAAGAAGUCCGUCCUCCUUUUUUUUUCGUAAGAAGUCCUUCCUUUCAAGGAUAUUAGAAUAUGAAUUAGAUUAUAAGUAGGUGACAGAUCACUAAUACCUGUUUAUUCUUAUCUUUCAUACUUCCUAAAUUAAACCUUAAUGUGAAAAAAGGCGAAUUUUCAGAUAUGGCAAACAUUUUAAG